AUAUACGGGUCAGGAAUGAUGAAGCUCGCGCGCGACCUGAGAAAAGGCGGUGCACGCGCUCUGCCUGAACUGACGGAGUGUUUAUUUGAUACCGCGUGGUCACUCAUCAUCUGAGACAGAAGGUCAACUCUAGUCAGGAUCACGAUUAGUAUUGGCUUUCUGAAGCGCAACGGAGGGCAGCGACUAAAUAGUAAGCCUAUUUUCGGUGCAUAUAUCCACACGAUUCUCACUCUGAAGCCAUCACGGCCGCUAACACCUCGGCAUCAUCAAGGUAACUGAUACCGGUGCAACAAGAAACAAGAGCGCAACCAUGUCACUGUAUCCGUCUUUAGAAGACCUGAAGGUGGAUAAAUUUAUUCAGGCGCAUAACACUCCCACUGCCAGUCCAUCCAAAGCCACACCCCUGGCACUCCCUGACCCCGCCCAAUACCAACGUAGUCCCGCCCACAGUGGGGCAAAAUUGGAGGAAAUUGAAACAGAUGCCUCUGGAAGUUUGUAUCCGCAGCUGAGUGAGUUUAUGGGCCUGAAUCUUAGUAUUGAGGCAAUAAAAACCUUUUCUACACCAGUCCCUGAGCAAAGUAGUGGAGCUCUCAGUGUUCAUUCUUCUGGCACAAACUGGACAGUUGCUCCCAUAACUGGCAAUGACAUGGGAGUGAAGAGGGCUGAGAUUCGGCAGGGAGUUAGAGAGGUGUUGCUCUGUAAAGACAUGGACGGGAAGAUUGGCCUUCGCCUCAAAGCCAUAGAUAAUGGCUUGUUUGUACAGCUAGUACAAGUGAACACUCCGGCAGCAUUAGGAGGGCUUCGCUUUGGUGAUCAGAUUCUGCAGAUCAACGGAGAGUCCUGUGCUGGCUGGAGCAGUGACCGUGCACACAAGGUUCUGAAGAAUGCCAGUCCUGAGAGAAUAACACUAGCUGUACGAGACAGGCCACUGGAGCGUGCUGUCACGCUGCAUAAGGACAUGAAUGGACAGCUUGGUUUCAUCUUUAAGAAAGGCAAAAUCACAUCCAUAGUAAUGGACAGCUCUGCAGCUCGUAAUGGACUGCUUACUGACCACCAGAUCUGUGAAAUCAAUGGACAGAAUGUGAUUGGACUAAAGGACUCUCAAGUGUCAGACAUCCUCAACACUAGUGGGAAUGUUGUGACUGUAACUGUGAUGCCAGCGGUCAUCUUUGAACACAUGAUGAAAAGGAUGUGCAACAGCAUUGUGAAAUCUCUAAUGGACCACUCCAUUCCAGAGGUGUGACGUGGACAAACCCUCACCUGGCUCAGAAUGGGCUUUAGUGUGCACUACAGCUUAGAUGAAGUGGCGUACACACGCACAGUGUUUGUGCUUUUAAGCAGUUUAAUACCAGAAGUGAAAAGUGAGAGAUGUUUCUCUUUUUUUUUUGCAGUAUUUUCUCUUUUCCAUCAUUAAUUAACCAUGUUGUGUUAAAUGUGUAGUGUUUUUUUCAAUCCCAAAAGUCAAAUCAAAGCUUUACUGAAAUAAAGUAAAAAGGAAAAUGGGCUAUAUCUGCUAUAUUGUAUACAAAUUUCAAACACUUUCUUUGUUGUAUGGAAUUUAUUUAGUUACAUGGUGAAAGAGUUCAUUGUAUGUUAAUUUUAUUGACUUGAGCUGCUUAUUUUAGGUUUACUUAUUCUUAUUAUGACUCUGUCUAAGAGCACACACAUACACAAUUUAAUGGAUCCACUAGGAAGAUGCUUCCUCGAUUUUUUUUCAAACCUUUGACUUAUUUAUUAAUUUAUCAAAGUAGUAAACAUAUACUGUACAGACGAAUCCACAAUUUACAGGAACGGUUAAACUAUGCACAGUUACAACAUACGUAAACAAAAUCAUUUUAAGAAAGAAAAAAAAAGUUCUUAUAGGAUUUCAACUACAGUUGAAUUUGUAAGUAUAUUAGUCAACUUUUAAACUGAGUUCAUUUUAUGUAGUUUUAUUAACAUAUUCUUUAUAAAGCAGGUAUCCGUUCACUCAAACCCAGUGGAACUAGUGUUGAUAUGAGUUGAAAUAAAAAUGUUAGCUAGAAGAAGAACUUAGUUUUGACAGGAUCUUACUUCAUAGGAGUGUUGAUAUCCUUUCUGUUGAACUGUUUUCUUGAUUUAAUUGAAGAAAAAUAAAUCUUGAUUCAGUAUUGGUAUGAAUGGUUUUUAAGACUAUUGAAUAAUGUCAAGGAAAUUCUAUUUAUUUAGCAUGUGCAAGAUUCAAACAUUUCAUAUUGUCCAGUGGUUUUUUUUGUUUUUGUUAUU